CGUCGAGCCGUCUUACGUAUACGUGGGUGCACAGCACUGAGCACAGUGCACGGUGCACGUUAUGUUAAAGUAGUUUCGUACCGCUCACAGACUAACAUUCGUUGAGUGACUCGGUUGUUGGUGACUUCUUAGCAGAAUUUUGCGCGUAACAGUUUUCGUACAAGGGACAUUUGUAAGCGAUUCUGUAAUUAAUUCGCUGCGUGAUUUGCAUAUUACUGAAUUCUUGCUUUAAAGUGCCUGAAAAUCCAUGAUGGCGCAUGCUGUAAGGUCGUGCUAGUAUAUGCCGAUAUAAUAAGUGUCGUGGGUCGCGGAAUAUUGUUCCGAGGUACUAAAAAAUCCGGAAUCAUUCGCGGAUUCAACUGAUCGCGAUUCUGUUCAUGUGAUUAUUCGAAAUUUCUGCGCGCCGCUCUUAUACGCGUACUCAUUCUUUAUGGUGGCCAUCAUCAUGCAAGCACAGCAGCAGCCACAGCAGCAACAACAGCAGAAUCAUCAACAAAUUGCGGGCACCAGUGUCAUUCUCAAAAUGAACGAGAUACAACAGCUUUCGACAGUCGGGUUAUUGGAACUUGCUCACAGAGAAUAUCAAGCUGGGGAUUACGAAAAUGCUGAAAGACACUGCAUGCAGCUUUGGAGGCAGGAAACAAAUAACACUGGAGUUCUCCUAUUACUAUCUUCUAUUCACUUUCAGUGUAGGAGGCUGGAAAAGUCAGCUCAUUACAGUAGUUUAGCGAUCAAGCAGAAUCCCUUAUUGGCAGAGGCAUACAGCAAUCUUGGGAAUGUUUUCAAGGAGCGUGGCCAGUUACAAGAAGCAUUGGAAAACUACCGUCAUGCUGUUAGAUUGAAACCAGAUUUCAUUGAUGGUUACAUCAAUCUAGCAGCAGCAUUGGUAGCUGCGGGAGAUAUGGAACAAGCAGUUCAAGCAUACGUGACUGCUCUACAAUAUAACCCCGAUCUUUACUGUGUGAGGAGUGAUCUGGGUAAUCUUUUGAAAGCAUUAGCAAGACUUGACGAAGCCAAGGCAUGUUACCUGAAGGCGAUUGAAACACGUCCGGACUUCGCGGUCGCAUGGAGCAAUCUUGGCUGUGUAUUCAACGCCCAGGGCGAGAUAUGGCUGGCAAUUCAUCACUUUGAGAAGGCCGUCGCUUUGGAUCCAAAUUUCUUGGACGCCUACAUCAAUCUUGGCAACGUGCUCAAAGAGGCCAGGAUAUUCGAUAGAGCUGUAGCCGCAUAUCUACGUGCGUUGAAUCUCAGUCCCAACAAUGCUGUCGUACAUGGAAAUCUGGCGUGCGUUUAUUAUGAACAAGGACUUAUCGAUUUGGCGAUCGAUACCUACCGGCGUGCCAUUGAACUGCAACCAAAUUUCCCAGAUGCUUACUGCAAUUUGGCGAACGCGCUUAAAGAGAAGGGACAAGUGGUCGAGGCUGAGGAGUGUUAUAAUACAGCUCUUCGCCUCUGCCCGUCCCAUGCCGAUUCCCUUAAUAAUCUGGCCAACAUAAAACGCGAACAGGGAUAUAUUGAAGAAGCGACUCGACUCUAUUUGAAAGCGCUUGAAGUAUUCCCUGAGUUUGCUGCAGCUCAUAGCAAUCUCGCUUCCGUAUUACAACAACAGGGAAAAUUAAACGAGGCACUAAUGCAUUACAAGGAGGCUAUUCGUAUUCAACCGACUUUCGCGGACGCUUACUCGAAUAUGGGCAAUACACUGAAAGAAAUGCAAGACAUACAAGGGGCUCUCCAAUGCUAUACAAGAGCUAUUCAAAUUAAUCCCGCUUUCGCUGAUGCUCAUUCGAACCUAGCCUCGAUUCACAAAGAUUCUGGUAACAUCCCGGAGGCUAUUCAAUCGUACAGAACUGCCCUGAAGUUGAAACCAGAUUUUCCGGAUGCGUAUUGCAAUCUGGCUCAUUGCCUGCAAAUUGUAUGUGAUUGGACCGAUUACGAAGCUCGAAUGAAGAAGCUAGUUUCGAUCGUUGCCGAACAACUGGACAAGAACAGAUUACCUAGCGUACACCCGCACCAUUCUAUGCUUUAUCCAUUGUCGCAUGAAUUCAGAAAAGCCAUUGCUGCUAGACAUGCAAAUUUAUGCAUUGAGAAGAUUCAUGUUCUCCACAAACAACCAUACAAGUAUCCACGUGAGGUCGGUAAUCGCCUGAAAAUUGGAUACGUUUCGUCAGACUUUGGAAAUCAUCCUACUAGUCACUUGAUGCAGUCGAUCCCCGGCCUUCACGAUAGACAAAACGUCGAGGUCUUCUGUUACGCCCUCAGCUCAGACGAUGGAACCACUUUCCGUGCGAAGAUCGCUAGAGAGGCUGAGCACUUCAUCGAUCUGUCGCAGAUCCCGUGCAAUGGGAAAGCUGCUGAUCGCAUCAACGCGGACGGAAUACAUAUUUUAGUAAACAUGAACGGUUACACGAAGGGAGCUAGGAAUGAAAUAUUUGCUCUGCGACCGGCGCCGGUUCAAGUGAUGUGGCUUGGAUAUCCGGGAACGUCUGGAGCCAGUUUCAUGGAUUACUUAAUCACGGACGAGGUCACGUCGCCGAUAGAACUUGCUAAUCAAUACAGCGAGAAGCUUGCUUACAUGCCGCACACGUACUUCAUUGGUGACCACAAACAAAUGUUCCCACAUCUGAAGGAACGACUUAUUUUAACGGACAAAUUGAACAUGAAGGGUAAAGUCGCGGAUAACGUAGCUGUGAUAAACGCCACCGAUCUUUCUCCGAUGAUUGAGAACACAUGCGUGAAAGAAAUUCGCGAAGUGGUUAUGGCCGAUACCAAGAACAAGCCGGUAGAGAUCUCAUUAAAAGUCGCGGAACUGCCAACCACCACUCCUAUCGAAACAAUGAUCGCUUCCGGACAAUGCCAAAUGUCCGUAAAUGGCGUCGUAGUUCAAAAUGGAAUGGCCACCACACAAGUAAACAACAAGACGGCCACCGGCGAAGAAGUGCCUCAAAACAUUAUGAUCACAACAAGACAGCAGUACGGUCUGCCGGAGGACGCAGUUGUUUACUGCAAUUUCAAUCAACUGUACAAGAUCGAUCCGCUCACGCUUCAUAUGUGGGCACAUAUUCUAAAACAUGUGCCAAACUCAGUGUUGUGGUUGUUGCGUUUCCCGGCUGUUGGCGAACCAAACCUACAAGCAACAGCUCAACAAUUAGGUUUAGCGCCCGGUAGAAUCUUGUUCAGCAACGUCGCUGCCAAAGAAGAACACGUUAGGCGAGGCCAGUUGGCCGAUGUAUGCCUAGACACACCGUUAUGCAAUGGUCACACGACCAGUAUGGACGUUUUGUGGACGGGAACUCCAGUGGUCACGCUACCAGGCGAGACGCUAGCAUCUCGCGUUGCUGCUAGUCAAUUGAACACUUUGGGAUGUCCAGAACUGAUUGCGCGGACACGGCAAGAAUAUCAAGAUAUUGCUAUUCGUUUAGGAACGGACAGAGAAUACUUAAAGGCGGCGCGAGUCAAGGUAUGGAAAGCACGAUCUGAGAGUCCUUUGUUCAACUGCAAGCUUUACGCGUUGGGUAUGGAAAUGCUGUACAAAAAGAUGUGGGAGCGUUACGCACGAGGUGAAAAACCCGAUCAUGUGGCGGCGGUAGACAAAACUGAGAGAGACAAAUUGUUAGCGAUCGCGUCAUAAGAAUCAUGCACCUAAGUCUCUAAUUUUAUUUACUCAGCUUUAAUUUCGAAACAUCUGCUUUUCUUUUGAGGAGGAAUUUGGCAUUUAAGGCAGAUGCGCGAUAUCCAUUUUGCAUAGAUGCAAUUCUCUAUUCUCGUAUUUAAUGUUUUGUACAAUAAAUCAUUGGGCUUAGAUCACAAACGAUAAAACUCAUAAUCGAAGGAGCCAAGUACGUAAAACAAUUUUGGUCUGUUACAUCAUAUGAGUCAUACGAAAUAAUUAUGCUUACCUCUUCUGUUCACAUCACCGUGUCUUUCAUCCUAUUAUUUAUACGUAUAAUAUGUUAUGAUUACCAUAGGAUGCCCUCGAAGUGUUUCGCCGUUCGGGCGUUUACACUUGUCCUUUAUAAAGCUGUGCGCUUCUGGGAUUGGGAAUAGUAAUAUGUAAGCGAUUGUAACAUUAUUCUUUUGUAAUUAAGUAUAUCGUACGAAUCUUAGUGAUAAAAAAGGGAGGCUUAUAUCACGGAACGUGUUACGUUCAAUUGAGGUUACUAUUCUCAUUCGAAAGUUAAAAACGUUUUCGAAAAGUAUUCGAUGCGUAACUCAUUGACAGUGUUAAAUAGAUACGAAGACAGUUUUCUGAUAAAACUUUAUGGUGUUUUAAAGGUGUUCGUCGAUCACGUUGAAUACAGUUGUGAACGAAGAUUUAAAAAGACUAGCGAAAGAAGUUCGGAAGGGUAGAUCUCGCAUAAAAAUGUUAUUUACUAGAAGCUGCUGACAGAAGUGAAAUGCAAAUUGUAUUAUAUACAAUCGACGUGUAAAUAUUUUAAAAAGAAGGUAAUUCGUUAAUUAUUGCUUUAGUUCGAUAGUCGCGUAAGUUAAGGUUGAAAAAAAAUGUGUGAGGUAGCGAAGGACGUUGACUGUAGUAAACUGUAAUGUACGUCUAUAGAAUAAAAAGGUAAAAUGAGUAAGAACAGGUGUAAAUGAAAGCGAUGUGAACGUUACGAUGAUACGAAUGCCUCGACGAACUUGCGAUUGAGUAGGAUUGAUCUUUUUCGGUGAAAAUAUUAACUUGCAUCUUUUCUCAUAUCAGUUCUACACGGAACGAAAUGCAGAUAAUAAUUAUUUAAACAAAUACGUAUACUUGCUGGGAUUUCUUCAUUCGAAAGUUUUUAUACUACGCAAUUCGCAGUGGAACAAGCGAAGAUAUAUUUUUAAUUUGCAAUAAGUUCGUUUAAAGCUUGAAGAACUCGAAAUAAGUAUAAAAAGCAGCUUAUAAAGUCUCGUUAAAUUUAUUGUAUAUAUGACCUCAUCCGCCCACUAUGUGUAUUAUCAACAUUGCACAUUCUCGAUGAUGAAUAAUUGUCCCCAUUGCGCACAAUUUACAUCAGAGAUAUACAAUGUAAGAAUAGACCUCGGAAACCCAAUAUUUGCUAAUUUUUAUUUCACACGUAAAAACAACAACAAAUGUGUCGAAGAAUGAGAUGCUACUGACGGUAAAGAGCGAAAUGUGAAAUCCGUACUUUGAUUUUUAUAUGCGACGUAGAGAGCAUAAAUUGUAGGUUUACAUUGAUUCAAUAUCCGAAGAAAUUUGGAAUAAAUUUACCAAAGUGGAAAUACUUCGUAA